AGAUGACAAGCAUUGUUCCUGAUACAAGCGUUGUGUUGGUUCCCCAGGGCAGCUUGACUUAACACUUACCAGGUAACAGCCCCCUGGUCUAAGAUGAACUUUGUGAACCAAAGCUGUGAAAACCGUGACGAUCUGCGGACGUAUCAGCACUAUGUGUAUGCAGUGGUGUACAGCGUGAUCUUAGCACCUGGCCUGUUGGGUAAUGUGCUGGCACUGUGGGUGUUCAGGGUCUAUGUCAGAGAAACCAAGAAGGGUGUGGUGUUCAUGAUGAACCUGGCUGUGGCCGACUUGCUGCAGGUGCUCUCUCUGCCGCUGAGGAUUUACUACUACCUGAACAACACUUGGCCUUUUGGUCGACUUCUCUGCAUGGUCUGCUUCUAUUUCAAGUAUGUCAACAUGUACGCCUCGAUCUUCUUCCUGGUGUGUGUCAGCGUGCGUCGCUGUGAGCUCAUCAUCCGACCACUGAGGUACAACUCAUCCAAGCGAAAAAGGGACUUGGUGAUAUGUGCCCUGGGCUGGCUGUUUGUCUGUCUGGCCUGUCUGCCAUUCCCUCUGCUGAGGAACCCCUUCUCUGAACAGAACAUCAGUUCAAGUGAUCAGCCCCUCACACAUAAAAACGUGUGUUUUGCUGAGCUGCCCCUGAGGCCUAUCAGCACUCCGGCAGCCUGGACUCUCCUCAUCAUAGCUGAGCUGAUGGGCUUCAUCAUCCCCCUCAUCCUGGUGUUGGCCUGCACCUGUCUAACUGCUGGGAGUCUUCGGAAGCUGACAGAGGGGGCCAUUCCUGACCGAGGAGAGAAGCGCAGAGCGUUAAGGAUGGUGCUUAGCUGUGCUGGCGUGUUCUUAGUGUGUUUUGCUCCUUACCAUAUCACUAUGCCCCUGGACUUCUUGGCCAAAGCCAACGCUCUGAGCAGCUGUGCCUUCAGAGACCUGAUUCUGCGAUGUCAUCCUGUCACGCUCUGUCUGGCCAGUUUGAACUGCAGCCUGGACCCCCUCAUGUAUUAUUUCACAACUGAUGAGUUCUGGAGGCGUCUGAGCAAGCACGACGUAUCAGAGGACGGGAAUUUCAGCAGGCGCAUGUCCUGCAUAAAUGGAGGAGAAAACACACAGAACGCUCACGUUGAAGCACAUUAGUUCAGUCUUAACCACU